GUUUCCUCCCAAGUAACGGGUGGAAGGUGCCUCAGGGGAGAAGGUUGGGAUAUCUGGGGUGCGUGCGUGCGUGGAUGUGUGUGAGCGCGCGUGUCGGAAACGGUUAUUUUUAAAAAGCACAUUAAGCCUCAAGGGGCGGCGCCGGGACCGGGACGGCAGGUUCACGCUUGUUACCGCCGGCUGUCGCCGCUGAGGGACCAGCCCUGAAGAGCCGAGCGAGGCCCGUCCGUGCCGGGCCCUCGAAGGGAAAGCGUCGAAGGGACCGGCUGGUGACUCUGAGGGCCGAAGGGAGAGUCGCCCGGCAACGAUUAACUACUGAAGUACUGAUCGAGUUCUGCUGCUCUUCAAUGAGGAACUACAGGCUGAUCUUCUGCCAUAACCUCAAGCAACCAUAAAUGACAAAAGAAUGCUUGGUCAGUAAAGGUAGCUGGCGUAGAAAAUAUUUUGUGAACGUAGGUGUUUAAGUGCUCUAAGAAAGACAGCUUUGACACUGGGCUGCAUAAAGAUAUGAGGAAGAGCUCUUCCCCUUCUUUGAGUAACUGCAACUCUGUUCUCACUAAUAAAAUAUUUGGAAUUCCACUCAAUGAACUGCAGCAGGAAGGACAGCCAGGCAGUGAAGUUCCAUUCAUAGUCCGCCAUGUUGUGGAUUAUAUAGAGGAACAUGGGGGUCUAGAGCAAGAAGGACUUUUCCAGGUCAAUGGAAAUGCAGAGACAGUGGAGUGGCUUCGGCAAAGAUAUGAUAAUGGAGAAGAUGUGGAUCUGGUUAAAGAAGCAGAUGUACCUUCAGCGAUUAGUCUUCUUCGAUUUUUCCUUCAAGCACUUCCAGAACCAGUUAUUCCUGGCACUCUACAUAUGCAUUUGAUACAACUUUCUCAAGAUUAUAAUGAAGAUGAAUUUGGAAGAAAGUUGAGGUUCCUCUUGCAACAGCUUCCGCCUCUUAAUUACAGUUUGCUAAAGUUUCUGUGUAGAUUUUUAGCUAAUGUAGCAUCGCAUCAUGAAGAAAUUUGGUCUGCAAGUUCUUUGGCUGCAGUUUUUGGUCCUGAUAUUUUUCACAUUUACACAGAUGUGGAGGACUUGAAAGAACAAGAACUAGUUAGUAGAAUAAUGGCAGGACUGCUAGAGAAUUAUGAUGAAAUCUUUGAAAAUGAAGAGGAAGAUUUCUCAUCUAAUGAUUUAAGUUCAAUAACUGAGCAGAUAAAUGAUCUGUUAGAUGAAGAUGAUAUUAAGCUUGAGCAGUCUGAAGAACUGCCAGAAGAAGAAGAAGAAAACAUGGAGGAACCUGAAUACAGGCAAGAUAUGGAGCCGCAGGAUGUGAUGCAGAGCAUCUUGGAGUCAUGUAGUGUUUCUGCAUCAACAAGUGCUCAUCUCUCCCCCUUAAGCAUCUUGCCAGCCUCUGCUGACAUCUUGGAAAGAACAAUUAGAGCAGCUGUAGAACAACAUCUCUUUGAUCUGCAGAGCAAUAUAGAUCAAGAUCUGAAGAAUUUACAACACCAAAUGGUGUGUUAUGAAGCAAAUAUAGAGGGGGAUGAAGAAGGAUCUAACAACCAGAAUGAGACUGAAAAGAAUGUUAGUAAUGAUAGUGGGAAUCUCGAAGACUGCUCUGAAACUCUGGAUUGCACUAAUGUAGACAAUGGAGUUUUACAGUCUGCAUAUGAUGAGAAAGAAAGGCAUCAGGAUGCAGGCAUAUUAUUGAAGCCAUGUGAUGGAGGAGGAGAAGCUAAAGAAGCUAUUGGAGAUAAGCAAGAUUGUACAUCAUUUGAUGAUGGCGACAAAAUGACGUCACACAUGAUUCUGGGUUUUGCGGGCAAGGUUUGUGAUCCAAAUGUCAAAACUGAAUUAGAAGAACUGAAAAACAGAAAUAACAAUGCUCCUGAAGCCACGCUGUGUGCCCCUAUACCAAACCUUGAUUUGAAGAAUGCGAAUGGUGGUGAUGAAUGGGAAGCGCCAUGCCCUAUCACUUUUCCCCUCAUUGAUUUCAAAACAAUGCAUCUACAGAGAGAAGGGGAGGAGCCAUUUCCUGCUUUUAAAUCUUGGCAUGAAGACAGUGAAUCUGGAGAAGCUCAGCUUUCUCCACAAGCUGGAAGAAUGAAUCAUCCUUUAGAAGAGGAUAGUCAUCCAAUUUUGUCACAUCGAAGUUUGGAUUUUGGGCAAAGCCAGCGUUUCCUCCAUGAUCCAGAAAAAAUAGAUUCUUCAUCUAAAGCACUUUCUUUUGUUAGAACUCGGAGAGCAUCUUUUAAUAGCUCUAAGGAUGAAAGAAGGGACGAGAAGACUCCUUACCAGCUAGUCAAAAAAUUGCAGAAGAAAAUAAGGCAGUUUGAGGAGCAGUUUGAAAAAGACAAAAAUGUCAAGCCCUCAUAUUCAGAUAUUGCUGCAAAUCCAAAGGUUUUAAAGUGGAUGACAGAACUUACCAAAUUGAAAAAGCAAAUAAAAGAUGCAAAGCACAAAAGUUCAGAAGGAGAAUUCAUACCUCAGACACGCCCACGAAGUAACACUCUUCCAAAAAGCUUUGGCUCUUCUCUGGAUCAGGAAGAUGAAGUGAAUGAAGAUGAUAUGCGGGUUGCACAGAAGGAGAAGAAACCGACAAAGGAGGCCACAGUUGAACUCAUUUUAAAAAGACUGAAGGAGAAACGAAUUGAAAGAUGCAUGCCAGAAGAUGUAAAGAAAAUGACAAAAGACAACCUAGCAGAAGAAAAAACAUCACUUCAAAAAAGUCUCCUGUACUAUGAAAGUCAAUAUGGACGUCCGGUUUCCAGAGAAGAAAGGCAUGUUGUUAAACCCCUCUAUGACAGAUAUAGGCUGGUGAAACAAAUGUUAACUCGAGCAAGUAUUACUCCAAUCCUUGGAUCACCAUCAACCAAAAGACGAAGUCAAACAUUACAGCCUAUCAUAGAGGGAGAAACAGCCCACUUCUUUGAAGAAAUAAAGGAAGAAGAAGAAGAAGGUGAACUGUCAUCAGAGCUGACCGAUUUCCUCAAAUCGAAUGGCCAAAUGCAACCUCUUCUUACUAGCCCAGUUGAAAACUCAGAAUCUGAUGUUGAAGAAAGUCAGGAGAAAUUGACUCGAGAGCUUCGUCUGUCUAGUACACGUGCAGCUUCCAUGCCUGAAUUAUUGGAGCAACUUUGGAAAGCCAGAGCUGAAAAAAAGAAAUUACGCAAAACACUACGGGAAUUUGAAGACCAGUUUUAUCAGCAGAAUGGAAGAAAUGUUCAGAAAGAAGAUCGUGCUCCUAUGCUUGAUGAGUACAGAGAAUACAAGAAAGUUAAAGCCAAACUACGACUUCUUGAAGUUCUCAUCAGCAAACAAGAUUCUUCAAAAUAAAUAUAACCUAUGUUUCUUCAUAACAGUGAGAGGUUGUUUUCUAUGCUAUCUGUAAUAUUCUUAGGUGUUCUAUUUCUGUCUUGCGUGGUUGAAAUAAUGCAGUUUUUGUACACUUUUAUUAUGGUGCCACCAUUCAAGGACAAGUAAGUCCUGUCUAGAGAGCUAAUGAAAAAUCUUAAAUUAAGACUGCUUUGUCCAACGUUAGCAAAGUUUUUUCCCCUCUCAUUUUUAAAUUAAAAUGUGUCUUGAUUCCAAAAGACUGUAGGACUAGGAACCAUUCAGAAACUCUGGACCUGCCAGCUUCGUUUCAUCUUCGUUUCUUAGUGUUACACUGAACUCCUCUAUUGCCUUUUUAUUAUGGGGAACAGUGGCAGCAAAUUAAAACACAACUCUGUGCAUGAACACCACACUGAACUGAGAUGCCUUUCAGAGGACUGUUGCAGAAUAACUUGAUUUCAAAUGAUAUCUGUCAUAUAAUAGGAUGUUUUAUGGCCUGUGCAGAUUGAAAAUUAAAGCUGUUAUUUGCUCUUCAGUAUCAGAUGGCAAUGGACAAACCAGAAAGUGACCUUGCUUGUUGUAUUUUUAAAACUUGGAAAAAUGAACAUUUACAUCACAUAUUGCCUACAAGACUAACAUUACUGUUAAUUUACCAGUUAUCAGUUUAUGGCUAAUUGUGACUUAGUGUGCGGUUUGAAUUGCAUACUGCAUUUUACCCUUCCAUGGGAGGGGAGCGUGUUGGGGCUCCAAUGUGUAUGACUCAGCAGGUUUACCUGAACUCUGGUAUAUCUGAAAUAAGUUUAUCUUAUCAAGGGCUAAAAUUAAUGUAACUGAUAUGAUGGACCUACGGUGGACAGAGCCAGUUUUAAAAGAAGCAUUUCAACUAUGUCAUGCUUAUAGAAAUGGAUAGAAAAGUGGUUUAAAUUUUGUGGCAUUAAGCAGAUAUCGUAAGGUUCUUGUAUGAUGAAACAUCAGAUUUGCAACAUUUUUUGUGACAUUUUCUUUGCCUGGUAUAGAUGACACAGCAGCCUUUAAUGUUUGCUUCUUUCAAUCUGCAUAAUCUGAAGGAUUGUAUCUAGUCACACAAGGGAGGCACUGUCCUCACAGGAUGGAGCCCUCUCCAUGGCAAACGCCAUGGCACAGGCAUAAGCACGACAUUUCAGACCAUUCCAAAUGCCUUGGUAGACUGAGUCCUGUCUGUGUGAAUGUAAACUGGGGAGUGCAGGACUCCAUUCUGGGAUCCUAGUGCAUUUGGCUGCUGCAUCUGUGGCAAAACUAAGUGACUGGGUGCUGUUGGAUAUCUUUUGUAUUUUGGUCUUGUUUUUGCAUGUGCCUAUUUGCUGCAUGUUUUAUGAACAACUGAGGUCAGCACCAAUAUUAUUUCUCUCAGCUUUUUGAAAGACCAAAAAAUGAACUUCUGUGAUAAUAAGUGGCAAGCAUGUAAACUCAUCAGGUUGAUGUGUUAACAUGAAAUAGAAAGGUAGGUUGCAAUACUCUGUAUUUGUCUGUUUGCUACAUUUCUUAUUUUUUGUCUGUGAUUAUAGGCAUGUAAUUUUGGAACCCAAGAGAGCACUAAAAUGAGUUUAUAUUCAAUGCUUUACCUUUUUAUACAACUAAAAGGGUGUUUUUGUGUGUGGACUGUAGUGGAUUGCAAGGUUGAAAAUUAAUUUGGAGAACAUCUGUGGCUUGUAUUCAGCUUCACUGUGCAAUGUACAUUGUACACUUAAGUUACUUUUCUGUCUGUUUCCAAACCCCGGUGCAUCUAAACAUUGAAAUGUAUGUGUACUGUAUAGUGUUGUACAUGAAUGUUUUAUAUACCACAUGCAAAAUGUCAAUAUGCACUAUUUAAAUGUUUUAAAUAAUAUAUUCCUCCUUUAUAAUGUUUAAAUCUAUAUGAUUCCAAUAUUUUUAUAAAGUGAGUGAUCAGAUUGGUUCCACUUCACAAUUAACAGCUGCUUUUGUGUGUGUUAUGCAGUGUUUGGCUGUUUGUUCAAUAUCAUAGCUAGCAUGGCAUCAGUUAUGCUAAGAGUUAUGCUAAGAGUGUGUGUUGUGCCAUCCUUUAUAAAUGAGCAAUAAAUGGUAGUGUUAGGCAUUUUGUGAUAUAACAUAGUUUUACUUUGGUAUAAGUAAAAACUAUAUAUGUGGAUAUAUAUAUAUAUAUAAAAAUAUAAAUAUAUAUAAAUAAACCAGAUAUA